GUGCCGGUGUGCUGAAGUUUCUAGAAAUUUGCUCAUUUUCUAAAAAAUAAUUAAUUUAGAGAUCAAAUAACGCAUUUUCCAACUCCCAAAAGAUACAGCUAAUAUCCUCAAAAUGUACAGCAGCUUGGAAAAUUCCUUAAAUUCGAGUUUGGAUGCUGGAGAUGGAAAAAGACGAAGCUCUAAUCGAUCAAUCAAACGUAAAAGAUUUGAUGACGAAAUCGUGGAAUACAGUGUUGGUCAACAAACUCGAAUUCGGACUCAAUCACAAUCAUUUCCUGGGAGUUCCUUUGAUUUGCCAUCUCCUCUGACGCCACAACCUCAGACUCCAAUAUCAGCACCUCCAACUUUAGCUUUAGUUCCACCUGUUCCUACACCUCCUGUUCUUCAUCAACAGAUAUUGCCGGAAAAGCGUAACAAAACCAUGAAAAAUCUCAAAAAGAAGAAAAAUUUAAAGCACGGAUCGACAAUUAAGGAUUUGGGACGUUGGAAGCCAGUAGAUGAUUUAGCUUUGAUCAUUGGUAUACAGGUACAAACGAAUGACAUCAAAACAGUUCAUCGUGGUGUUAAAUUCUCAUGCAAGUUUACGCCACAAGAACUUUCAAGUCGUUGGUAUUCUCUGCUGUAUGAUGAACCAAUAAACCGAAUUGCCGUUGCAGCAAUGCGUAAUCUUCAUCCAGAAAUGAUUGCAGCAGUACAAAGUAAAGCAUUAUUCAGUAAAGGUGAAGAAGAAAUUCUGGCAACGAUAAAAAGUUCUGAGUCACCAACAGAAGAAACAUUUCAAGAUCUGUUGACAAAAAACGCGACUGUUUUUUAUCACGCGCGUACACCGAAAAGUUUAAUGAUCCAUUGGGAACUUAUGCGACAAUAUUCAUUACUUGCCGAUCAGAAUAUUCCUUCACUGACAUCUCCUGAUGGACUUCCAACAUUUUCUGACUAUGAGGAACUCAUGAACGACAAUGAAUUAAUGGCUGAACACAGAGAUGAGCAUCUUGACAUAGAAAUGGCUCUCAUUGAUAGAAAAAAUAAGCGUGAAAUACGAACAAUUGAAAAUGAAUUGUCACGAUGGUCGAUUCUUUUGGAUAACUGCACGGGAAUUGGAAUUUCACCAGAAUUCGAUAAUCAAACUUUGGCUAUACUUCGAGGACGUGCUGUUCGAUAUCUCAUGAGAUCAAGAGAAAUAACGUUUGGACGAAAUUCGAAAGAUUUGGUUGUCGAUGUUAAUUUGGCGUUGGAAGGUGCAGCACAUAAAGUGUCGAGAAAGCAAGGAACGAUCAAGUUAAGAAGCAAUGGCGACUUUUUUAUCGUUAAUGAAGGAAAACGUCCAAUUUUCAUUGAUGGGGCACCAGUUAUUACAGGAGGGCGAUCAAAGCUCAGUAAUAACAACGUUAUAGAGAUAUCUGGAUUGAGAUUUAUUUUCUUAGUUAAUUUUGAUCUGAUUCAAGCUAUUCGAAGUGAAUCUGCGAAACUUGUAACUCCUCUUAAUUAAUCAUUUUAAUGAAAUAAAUUUAUGAAAAUUAAAUGAAAA